CCCAUAACCAAACCGCCUCUCCCCACCCACCCCAAACCACAAAAGAAACAGAGAAAAUUCAAACCCACCACCAAAAUCUCACCCGUCGCGCAAACCACACACCCUCAAAAUGGCGACACCGCAACAACCGCCCCUCACGCCCGACCAACGCCUCGCGCUGGAGCAGAAGCAAAAGUUCGAAACCUUCGCGCUCAACGCCGCGAUCGCCGGUGCCGUAAUAUGUCCCGUAGUCGCAUUCAUGCCGCCGCGGAAGCUCGACAUGUACACGUUUUCCCUCGCGGUGGGAUUCUACCUCUCGGCCGACCACCUCGCGACGCAUUACACGGGGCGCGGCAUAUUCCAGCAGUGGAAGUUCGCGCAACCCAGCAGCGUGGGGGUGGGAGCGCUGCCGACGGAGAAGGCGAGGGAGACGCAGGCGAGGUUUGCGGAGGAAAAGAAGUUGGCGGAGGCGAGGGAGGCGAUGAGGAGUGGGCGGCAGGUGAACUGGGAGGAGAAGGAGAAGAAGGAGCGGAGCGUGCUGCAGAAGUUGUGGAUGGGGGAUGAGACGGAGGGGUGGAAGGAGAGGAGGUUGGAGGAGGAGAGGAAGGCUUUGGAGGAGGGGAAGAGUUAUACCGAUUUGAUUCUCGAGCAGGUGUGGGACGUGUGGAAUUGGGAUAAGAAGAAGAGUGGUGGUGAGGAGGAUGGGUCGUCUACGGAGGAGAAGAAAUGAGGGAGGGAGUGGUUUGGAUGUUGGAAAAACUGUAUGAUAUUGAUUGGGAUGUACAACACUGAACAUGGAACGGAAACGACAUGCAUGGAAUGAACGGCGUUUGGGAGACACGUCAGGCCCAGAAUCCUGUCUUAUGUCUAUAUUGGAAUUACACUCUCCACCUUCGCCAAUGCGAUUGGAUGCUGCCAGAUCUCUUGCGGCGAUUAAUCAAAAGAAUUGAGUUCGCAAACCUUGUUACUUGACUUAGUCAAUGGUCUUGGUCCGGUG